GAAAUUCUACUUUGUCUAACACAGAAGCCUCUGGUCUAACAGUCAACGACAAGAUUUCGCAUAGGUCUCCUGCGUAGCAACCGUUGCUAGGAAGUGACGUUGAGUACUUACUACCGCUGUUUACAAGAGUGCCGAAGGACAUUGGUAACUAGACUAUGUUAUUGGGGAAGACUGCCAUGUUCAACGCCAGUGAAUUAGAAGGUGAAGUAGAUCACUCAUUUUUUGACAGUGAUUGUGAUAAUAGCACCAGAGAUGGAGGGGAGAAGACAGAGAAAGGCUUGGAAGCUAAAAAGCAGAGUCCAACUGCACAUCAGAGGUCACCAGCAAAAAAUUAUGAAAGUACAGAUGAUGGUCUAUCCUCAAGAACAGAAAGGUCGGACAAACACCUGAAGCAAGUGGAGAAGAACAAGAGGAGCAGAGUAUCUGCUGUAUCACCUGUUUCCUAUACAUCAGAUAAGGUCAUAAGUGAUGAAAGUGAUAGUGAGAAUGAUUCUGAUGUGCAUUCAAAAAGACCUGGUAGAACAUUUCUGUCUCUCUUGGCUGACGGACAAGAGGGAUAUGAUGUCUACAACCAGACUCCAAAUGAGAUGGAGGAAAAAGCAUUAACAUUCAGUGCCAAUCAAAAAAGGAAAAAUGAGCAAUCCACUAGAAAACUGGUGAAAAGUCGACACAUCCGCAAUCAAUCUCCCUCCUCAGCAGAGGCCAGUGCAGACGCCGACUCGGAGAGCUCCUGCAGUAGUAGAAGGAGUAACUUAGGGUCCCCCACCCUACUCAAAUCCACUAAGUCUUCUUCGCAUCCUGGAGUAAGAAGGACCAGAUUGGGCUCAGCAGGAUCUAGGGAUGUCCUCAAUUCAAGCACUGAUGAGUCAGAUGACACAGUAACAGACGUGAGCCCCCUCUCCUCUCCUGAAUCAAGCCGUCUCCAAUCACUGGAUUUGAACAACUCAGAGGUGGAAGAGGAAAGCCAUGAAGAGCAGCUGCAGGAGAGUAUGCUCUCCAGUGGCCUCAACAACAUGAAACAGGAAGAGGAUUCAUAUCAGGACAUGGAUGAGCGUUCCCUCAGUUUAGAAAGUCAUCUUGGGCAUGAACUGGUUUUCCACUGUCCUGGAAGGAGAUAUAGGAAGAACUAUUCAUUUACCAAUGAUGAGGUCUGGCGCAUAGAUCGAGAGAAUAAGCGACUUCUGUGUGAGCUGUCACGCCUUUCUCCAGGAUCCAGACCAGGAAGUACAGCAAGGAAGAAAAUCCACGUGGCUAGUAACACACCUCCGAUUCGCCUCUCUCACAGUGCACUUAACAGGAAGCGUGAACAGCAACGCAUUGAGCAGGAGAAUCUGACUUUUCUAAAGAGACUGGAGUCUGUCAAGCCCACGCAAGGCCUUAGCCGUUCGGAACAAUUGGCAGACUACCAACGCCAAGCGGAAUACCUGGGACGUUCAUCAUGUCCCAUUCAUAGAUCCACCACCAGAAAGGAGAAGGAUAGCAGCAGGACAUCCUUAGGUAGCUUCAACAGGUCACAGGAUAGUGAGCACCAGAGCAGCUUCAUCUUCUGACUCCAGCAGCACACCUCUACCCAGGUCAAAAAAACUGAAUGCAGCCCGACCAGCCUGGUGUUGACAACAUCAAUAUUAAAAUUACAUAUUUUUGUAUUGAUGUCAGUUUUUAUCCAUUCAUCAUUAUGGGUUGAAUUUGGAAGGUAUAGAAGAUCAUUUUCAUGUGAUUUCAGCAUAUUUUUAACCAACUGAAGGAACUCUGGAGUGAUUUUGUUAUGUUUUUUUAUUACAAAGGAAGUAAUUUUAUGUUCAAUCAUGCGGA